CGACCAGAUGCUGGAGUGGAGCCUAGGCUUUUGGAGCCAGGUGAAGCAGCACUAAGGCAUGGACAUGAGUUGCCUAGAGAGUUUCGCCACAAGCUGCCUCAUGAGCCACUCGGAGAUCUUGGUGCAGGGUCUGUCCCGCCAGGAUGUGUUGGCCUGGCUGCAGCACUUUGCUCACCUCCAGCUGACCUGCACGCCUGGAGCUAGAGCUGGACUCAAGGUGGGUGGGCACUUCCGCUACAGCUGUUAUGGCUGGGUGCCCAUGCAUGGUUUGGCCUUUUGGUUCCAGGUGACCUUCCCUGGAGGAAAUUCGGAGAAACCCCUGGUGCUGUCCAUCUCGCCUUUUCACCGGGCCACACUCUGGAAGCAGGCACUCCUCUUCCUAAAGAAGACGGUACAAAUGGAGAAAGGCAGGGUCAUUUCAGCAGAGAUCACGCUGCUGCCCUCCCAGGACAAUCCUCUUCACCUGCGCUUUCUGCUUUGCUACUAAAUGGGGGACCAGAAAGAAAAGACCAAAGACUUUGCCAUGGGGAACUGAGCAUUGCUUUUUCUCCCAGCCACCUCCCAAGGCAGCCUGGCCUGUUUGGGAGAGGAAUAGGGAGAUCUUAGGAGAAAGGGAGAUUUCAUGUGCAAGUAGGGGACUAUCUCUCUUUUCCCUCAUGGUUCUUGGGGAGAGAGAGUGACUUCAGUCUCCAUUAGCGGAGAUUCUUCUGGCAAUUUAUAAAGUGAUCUCCUAAAUCACGGAUACAACAUGCUUAUUGAUAGGCUUUUAAGCCUUAAAAGCAUGUGGUAACAAGCACUUGUAUUUCCAUUUCUUUUCUUUCAUGGAAGAAAAAAAAAGAGAUGGAUAAAAUGUCAGUUUAUGGUGGGUCCCAUGCACAAACUAAACACCUCACACCUUAUCUAAGUCUGCAGCUGGAAAAAGGGUAUAAGAGUUCAGUUUCACUCCAGAAGUUUCCACUAUGACUUAACCUCUCCAGAGCCUUAAUUUCUGUGUCUGAAUUCCCUCCAUUGCUAGAUGCCUGUAGGCUAUGGUACUUGUUCCUCAUUGUUCCCUAAAUAGAACUCAUUACGGGUAAUUAAGGGGUGGAGAUGAGGAAGUAGUUAAUAUGGCCCAGUUCCUACUACUUUUAUUGGGUGCUAAAGUUUAUGAACACAUGGAAAUGGACUUUAUAUAAUUAUAUAGCAUACCUAAGAAUUUCAAAAUCCACAUUUAGGAAAAAAAAGUCUGAAAAACUGCAAAGUAGCAUGGAUUUUAAAAAUUCUUAUUACUAUUAAAGCUAAACCAAGAAAACGUCUUAUUGUGUUCCAUAAUAUUGGAGUAAUUAUAAAACAGGCUGAUAGAGAAGGUUUCUGGACCUAAACCCAGGCCUUAUUCAUUACCAUGGGUACAUUAUUUAAGCUCACUAAAAUAAGGAAAAUGCAUUCUCAGCUAGAAAAGUGUAGUCAAUUUAAACAUGUGGAGGAAUUAAAUGACUUGGCCUAUUUACAUCUAGUGAAAGUUCAUUUCUUUUCUUUUUUAACUUUUUUUUUC